UCGGGAUGCUCAGGACCCUGGAGCCCCGAGAUGCGCGGGUGGAGUCGGGUGGCCGCGGUCCCUGGGCAGCGCCACCCUCGCAGUCUAAGCGGCUCACCUCCUUCCUCAUUCAGGACAUCCUGCGGGACCGCGCGGAACGGCGCGGGGGACACGCGAGCAGCCCGCAGCAUCAGCGCCAACCAGACCCGAGAAGGGAACCCGCUCAGGAGCCUGAGGAAGCAGGAGGUCGUGGCGUGGCUCUAGGGGACCCGCCAAAUAUCCCACCCAGCUCUGCAGAGACGCCGGCUGAACCUGAGACUGUUGGGCAUUUCCAGACCUAUCUGUUGGACUGUGAACACACUUCAGGCGACUUAUCAAGUACCCCCCAGAUCCCCAAGCAGCCUCAGAAGCGCUCCAGGGCUGCCUUCUCUCACACUCAGGUGAUCGAGCUGGAGAGGAAGUUCAGCCAUCAGAAGUACCUGUCUGCCCCUGAAAGGGCUCACCUGGCCAAGAACCUCAAGCUCACCGAAACCCAAGUGAAAAUAUGGUUCCAGAACAGACGCUAUAAGACUAAGCGAAAGCAGCUGUCGGAAGACCUGGGAGUCUUGGAGAAGACCUCGCCUCUGUCCUUGCCAGCGCUGAAAGAAGACAGCCUGUCUAGCGCCUCCUUGGUUUCCAUGUACACCAGCUACCCCUAUUACCCAUACCUUUAUUGUCUGGGCAGCUGGCGUCCAACUUUCUGGUAACAGCAGUUCAGAGGGCAAGUUCAUAGAUCAGAAACUUCCUUCCCCUGGGGUCUCUGGGGGAAAAACAAAAAAACAAAAAAAAACGCCAAAAUGGCUGAGGUCAAGGAGUCGGGAGCAAGAAGUGUGCAGACCCAAACCAGUUGGGGGUUCCCAGGGAAUAUUCCAGUUCUUCUCUGGAGGGCCAGUGAAAGACCUGGGGCAGUGGCUUAUUUUUAGUAUCUAGUCACAGUUUCAAGUGUUCUGUAGGUCACCACUCUCUGCUCCCUGUUUGGAGAGAGCCAGACAAGUCCUUCUGUUUCUAGAACUGAGAGUGACUUUGGCUGCAACGGCCACAUCGGGUCCUAAGAUGUCUUUUGCUGCAAACUCCAUCCUCUCCAGUAACUGCGCCUCACAGAAGAGCCCAAACAAAGGGGUGACGGCCCCCUUAGAUGAGGAUGUCCUCUUGAAUUAAACUCGGGUGAAAAAGUCUCUUGUUGGCCUUGGACAAUGACCAGGGGUUCUCUCUGCCCUUGUAAAAGUGAGGGCAAAUGGGAAAUUUGAAGAAGUAAAAACAGACAUGAGCGAUUGAGGCAGGUCGGCCUGCAACACAAGCGGGUGGGAGGUGGGACUUUUAACCUCUCCCCGGGUUUGCAAUAGGUACACCACUUCAAGGAUUUACAGGGCUGCCGAGUGGAGCAGGGUGCACACAGAGAGGGGGUUCCAGACAAGCUGUGUAAACUGUUUGCCUCCAGGGGUGGGCCUCAAAACAGGAUCUACCUGUCCAAGGCAAGGGCCUAAGGGGCUUUCCCCACUCCAGGUGAGCGCCUCAGUCAGGACUUAGUAAAGAAAAGGCCUCUGCCCACCCUUUCUGUCUUCACGUGAGAACUUGAGUUAGGAGCUGAAUUCACACUUCCUUUCUUUUCUUUCUUUUUCUUUUCUUUUUUUCCCCCUCUCUUCCCUACAAGACAUCUCAGUUCAGGCUUUUAAUCUGUGCGUGCCUAACUUAUUUAGCCAAAGAUCUGCUCCCCCACUCUCAAGUUUUAGCUUUCCUGGUUUUAAAAAAAAAAAACUAACUACAGACAGAUCAUAAAUUGACCAAAAAACGUAAUUAAAAAGCAACAAACUAGCCGCUCUUGCUUCUUUCCUUUGAAAACCCUCACCAUCGAAUCCCUAUUUAAAGACGCGAGAGCUGACAAUCAGAGCAGCUUUUGUGAGGCUUCUGAGGGCUGUGUGUUCAGAGACUCACAGCCUUGGGGUCCUGGGAUCCUCAGAGGCAGAGGAGGUUAAGUCCAAAAUGAAGGGCUGUUAUGAUAAAGGGGUCUAGGAAAGACGCGGGGGUCCAUGGCUGUCAGCCCAGGCCAACCAGCAAGCGGGGGAGGGGAAAUUGUCUUCCAAGAGCACCAUCCCUGCAGCGGCCUCCAUGCUCAGAUAAACUGUGGCAAAGCUUGGAGAACUGAGUUCGAUGACUCACCUAAAAUGCUAAAAAGAGUGGAAAAGAGAAAAGCUUGCCUUUCCAUUUCCAUCCUGUUAGCUCAGGUAACCUGUAAGAUGGGGAGAUUCGGGAGGUGGGGGCACAGCUAUUACAAGUGAGGCUUUCUGGGGCCAGGAAAUCCCUUUAUCCCGCCACUCAGUUCUGUGCCGUGAGAAAUCUUUUUAAUUUCCUCCUUCUAAACGGGCCAAUUUACUGCUGGUGGCAAAACUGCCAAAGGGAGUUGAUAGAAAGUUGGCCGCUUGCACCCCAUUCUUCCUUCCCGCCCAGGCCGCAGGUUCCCUGUUAAAUAAGGAUAGCUUGCUGCUGCUUGCUGCUGACCACUGGGGCAGCGCUAGACCACACAAAAGGCAGAGGCUGCUGGUUCCCUUCUCCUUCUUAUCCAUCUUUUGAAGCUCAUCAGUUAGUGCUGGCUUUCUCUCUCCUCUCCUUCUGAAUUGAAUUCUUUUCGGCACGCACUUCACCUGGGAUUAAAAGACUAUAGUGCAUUGUGUGUGGCAAAAAAAAAAAAAAAAAAGGAAGGAAGAAAAGGUGUGUGUUUAAAAUAUUUUGACUCCAUCUUGUUUCCUACCCACUGGAACUAGUCAUUCACUCACACCUGAACUGGCAGAAAAUAUUUGACAUGGAAUCUGUUGUCUCGACCCUCUGAAGGGGAUGGUGCCUUGGACCAUGUCACGGGGGCGACCCGUCUCCAUCCUGUUUCAUAAGUCAGUUAGCAAACUCCACUCUGAUCUGCAGCAGAUGAGUUUGUGAGCUGAAGUCUGGUAAAGUACUCUA